AUGGCCCCGUCCGCGCAGUACGCGUGCGCGCAGCACAUGUACGCCGGUCGCGCCGACGACUACGACUCGUCGUGGCACCGCGGCUACACGGCGCGCUUCAUGCAGCUCGCCGCGCCGCAGCCGGGCGAGCGCGUGCUGCUGCUCGCGUGCGGGACGGGCCUCGAGGCGGAGCACGCGGCGCCCCUCGUCGCCGGCGGCGGCAAUGGCAAUGACAAUGACGAUGGACAUGGCCAUGGGCUCGUCGUGGGCGUCGACGCCACCGACGCGAUGCUCGCCGUCUUCCGGCGCAAGCGCGACGCCGACCCCGUCCUGGCGGCGCACACGCGCGUCGUCCAGCACGACGUCACCGACCUGUCCGGCUGCGCCGCCGACGACGAGGUGAAGCCCGGGUCCUUUGACCUCAUCGUCUGCUCCAACGCCUUUGUGCUCUUCGACGACCCGGCCGCCGUCGUGCGCCACUGGAAGACGUACCUCAAGGACGGCGGGCGCAUGGUCAUUGACGUGACGCACGAGCGCAACCUCCACCAGGGCCUGCUCAUGGAGGCCGUCGCCGAGCGCAUGGGCGUCGCCUUCCCGUCCAACCGCCGGUGGAUCACCUCGCGCGACUCGUUCCGCCACGUCCUCGAGGGCGAGGGCCUGCGCGUCGACACGGUCGAGGCCCUGGAGAAGGUGUCGGGCAAGGGCACCGUCUACCUGGGCGCGGACGAGACGGACGCGCAGUUUGACUACCUCACGGCCAUGCCGCUGGGGGACGCGCUGGCGACGGACGAGUUCAAGCACAAGGCGAGGCCGCUGUUCAAGGAGGAGUGGCAGAAGGCUUCGGUGGACGGCAGGCUGGAGGUCUGUGACAUCCUGUACGUCUAUGUUGCGCGCAAGGUCUAAGUUAAGUAUCGUGGUGGCAUCCAUGGCCACAAAAAAGACGUCAAUCAUAUCCUGGCCUUGGGCGGCGGCAGCGGCGGUGAUAGUCUCGGCUUAAUCGGGAUCUUGGGGUG